AUGGAUAAACUUUCAUGUGCUGACAUUGUAUUAGUUUCAAAAUUCUUUUUAACUUUCAAUGAUUUUAUCACACUCGUUUUAGUUAAUCGAAAGUUCUCGUAUCUUAUGCAAAGGCUAUUUUACAACCCAAUCGAAAUUGACGCAAAAACACUCAAUUGUUUCCCUAACAUCACCACACUUAACUUAUGGUCUCCUAAAGCAAACACUUUUACAAAAUUUAAGCCAAAUAGUGAAAUACAAGAAACUUUAAAACUUGUAAUAUGGUACACUGUCGACUAUCAGUCAUCUCUCAAAUUAAACAAGUUGGGAUGUGUCACAAAAGUGAUUGAAUACACAUCAAAAAAUCGCAAUAGAUUUGGCAAUGAAAUACAACUUGAUGUAUCGCGACUUGGAGUUUCUUGUUAUUCAAAGUGCACAAAUCUGAAUUCAAUCGUAAUACCUGAACGAGUGACACACAUUGCAGAUUGUUGUUUUGAAGGAUGUGUAUAUCUCAGUUCAGUAAGUAUACCACAACACAUAACAAGAAUUGGGAAUUCGUGUUUUAGAGGAUGUUCACUCUUGAAAUCGAUCAUACUUCCAAAUAAUAUUAAACACAUUGGAAUUAACUGUUUCAGAAAUUGUGUGAAACUGAAUUCAAUAAACAUGCCAAGUAGCAUCACGUAUUGGAAAGGAGUGUUUCAGGCAUUGUUUCAAGUUAAGUGCAAUGACAAUACCAAAAUCAUUUUCUACAUUGAAUUGUGCUUGUUUGUAUGGGUGUACCAGUCUCCAAUCAAUUGA